AUGUACUCAUUCGCACGGCCGGAGAUUGCGCCUAACAUCCCUAUGGAGUCAUCAAUGUUUAUGGCAGGCUCAUGGGAGCCUUCUUUGCCCGGUUUACAUCCGGACAGGCAGAUGAUGGCACAACAUGGCGCUUAUGUUACGAGUUCACACGGCUAUUAUUCGGCACCAUAUCAGCAGUCUGGAAUCGCUCCUUUUGACCACAGUUAUUCAACUCAGAAUAGCUUCUUCAAUCCAAAUAUCGUCGCAUAUGAGUCGCCAUUGCUCCAGGACAAUUCCGAUCAAUCGCUACUGUGCAGACGGACUCCGACUCUAAAUCGAGAAUCUCAUACACCAUCAUACGUUCAAACCCCCUAUGGCUCACGUUUUCCACCGACACCUCGUAUGCAAAACAGAGAGCUAGUGACAAACUCUGUACCUAUCAAUAAUCCAAGAGAAGACACUAGCCCUGUGCGUCUUUCACUUGCGGUAACGCGUCAAAAACAAACUCACGUUCUGCCAUCUCGAAAGCCUUCUGCUGAGGAAGUUGGGAAUCACGACAAACCUUAUGCAUAUCUUUUAUAUGAAGCGCUUCGCUCUGCAAAAGAUCAUAAAAUGUCUUUGCAAGAGAUAUACCGUUGGUUUGAAGAUAACACGAAUAAAGCGGGCGAUCCACGGUCCAAGGGCUGGCAAAGUAGUAUUCGUCAUAAUCUCUCUAUGAAUGAGGCGUUCAUCUUGCACAACGAAUAUCCGGCUCGAGGAAAGUCGAAGAAUAGCUAUUGGACACUUACAGAAGAAGCCCUCAAGAAUGGUGUUCAAUCCACAACCCGCUACCGCAAUACCGUUCUAAAGAGACCCCUGCUAUUGGAUGAUAUGACGCGACACAUAAGCGAAGCUGGAAGCAGAGGAGAAAGCGCAUUGGGACAACAUGUGCCCAAGUCUCGCCGUAUUAGUCAUUAUCCAGAGGCUGAACCUAAGGAACAGUUUCGACCAAGUCAUGGAUAUAAUAUUCAACAGCAAAUAAGUCAACGGCAACAGGUGGAUGAGACGCCCGGACACAAUAUGUAUUACCAAGAUCCAAGCAUGAUCUUCACUCAGAGCUUGGCUCCGAGUAUAAUCAUCACUUCAACUGUUGCAUCUGGUGGUCCGCAAUAUGGUUAUGUAGAGACUCAUCGCCCUUCUAAUCAGUUUGGUCAUGACUUUACACAAUUCGAUACAUAG